CCACAAUCCACGCCCGAGAGGCUGACAAGACGAGACGAGGGACAUUGAGCGCAAGUGAGAUUGAAGUGGUAGGUAGGAUUGCUACUAGCAACGACGAGAAGAAGCUGCACCAUCAUCCUUCUCCACGCUCUUCAAGCUCUUCCCUCCUCCUCCUCCUCCUCCUCCUCCUCCUCAUUGCGACUAUGAGCACAGCACAAGUCAUCAGUCCCAGCGACGCCGGAUACGAGGAAGCUCGCGUCUCUCGCAUCUUCAACAAGCGUCGUCCCAACAAGAAGCCUGCUGGCAUCUUCUUUCCAACUAGCGAAGACGAGGUAGUGGCGGCAGUGGAGACGGCUGUGCAGCAAGGCAAGAGGAUCUCUGUGCGAUCAGGAGGACACAGCUGGGCGGCUUGGUCACUGCGGGACGAUUGUAUCCUCAUCGACACUUCCCGUCUGGACACUUUCCAGCUGGAUGCAGAGCGCAGACUAGCAACAGUCAGUACGGCCAUGACGGGUGGCAAGCUGAAUGGGCUCCUCUCCAAGAGCGGCACUGGACUGGCUUUCCUCGGUGGACACUGCCCCGAUGUGGGUGUGGGCGGGUUCCUCCUGCAAGGUGGGCAGGGUUGGGGAUGUCGCUUCGUCGGCUGGGCCUGCGAGCAGAUCGAGUCGUUCCGUGUCGUGUUGCCUCCUAGCAGCAAGAACGACCACCAAGUCAGAGUCAUCGAAUGCUCCCGCUCGCAGAAUGCCGACCUAUUCUGGGCUGCUCGUGGGUGCGGGCCGGGCUUCUUCGGCGUCAUUACCUCCUUCACGCUGCAAUUGAGGAAAAUGCCCAAGCUGGCUGGGUCAGUGUACUUUUUUGACACAGAGGAGUGCUACGACGAGCUUGCACCCUGGUAUCUACAGAAGUGCCGCGACUUGCAAGGACGAGCUGAAAUCGUCAUGAUUGGUUUCCGAUCAGACAAAGUCCUUCCACACCUCUCUCCUGUGCGGAACGUCAUCCUGAUCCGCCCGCUCAUCUUUGACUAUGAAGACGAAGCAGAAGGGCAGGCCAAGCUCGCCGAGUUCGAAGAAGGGAUGCCCUUUUUGGGCUCAAAGCACAAUCAUGUCCACGUGCUCAACGAAGCUAGCUCCAUGGCCCUCGAGUACGAGCGGCAAUGGGAGGACAAUCCCAAUGGGAGGUACUGGGUGCAAAAUGCUUGGCUGGACGGACCGCUGGACAAGGUGGCAGACACAAUGGCUUGGGCUUUCAAGAAUAUCCCUAGCAAGGCGACGUUUGUCCUGCACUACUCGAUGGACUGCAAAGAGCGGCAUGCCCUGCCAAAGGACAUGUGUUUCGAUGUACAGACAGACCACACCUACUCCAUCUACUCGAUUGCCCCCGAGGACACCAGGGAGGAAGACGAGCAGUGCAGCUCUUUUGUCAAGCAAGCCUUUGACAUUGUUGACUCGCGCAGACCUGAAGAGGGAGGAUCAGUGGGCAUCUAUCUAGGCGACUCGGAUUUGACAGUCAGGAGGUCAAGGUUCAUGGGCGAGGAGAAUUGGACAAAGUGGAAGAGACUCAGAACAGAGUAUGACCCGAAGAGGAUGAUGGUGGGGUAUGAUGGGGAAGAUGAGAAGGAGGAUUGGAACAAGGAGAAGUGGGAGACGCAGACUUGAAUGUGCAAUAGUCAUGAGAUUUAUAGUAUCAAGCUCAACAGAGAUCAGGGCAGCGAUAUUGAGCCCAUGCAUGUAUUCUGGACACUUCAGUUGAUCAACGACUCUUUGCAGCCAUGCCACCAUCC